AUACAACUUUAUUUUAUAUACAUAAGUUUUGUUUUUAAUAGAAUAUAAUAUAAUUUAUAUGAUUUUAUAAUUGUAUUGAUGAAAUAUUAAUAAUUUUGUUAAAAGCUAUAAAACACAUAUACCUGUGUAAAAAUUUAAAGAUCAAGUUGUAAAUAAAAAAGUUCACGCAGAAAAAUCAAAUCAAAAUUCACCGCGAAAUUUGAGUAUAUUCUUCUUUUCUAAAAAAUAAAUAAAUAAAUAUAGUUUUCAAAAGUAGUAAUACAAAGUUGUAGUGAAAUUUAUGUUUUUGAUUAUUAAUGUUUAGAUUUUGUCCAAACAAAAACAAAGCUAAUCAUAAUCUUUUUCAAAUCGAACCAGAAAUUUAAUUCCGAGUAAGACCGAGCGAACCCCCCUUCUCUUCCCUUUUUGUUGUGUCCAGCGUUUCCAUCUUUAACGGUACACAAAGACAUUUGCUUGAUUUCAUUCACUGCCUUCUACUCUUCUCAGACCGAACAUCUAAUCUCCUUCGAUACCGCACAACAUUUCGAGGUCUACCUCUGUUUUCUGUCUGCAGCCACUACCGUUUCUCUAGGGUCAAGAACAUCAUGGGCUCUUUUCUCUUUCACUUAUUGGAGAAGAGGGGAGUAUUGUGGAGAGGUUGCAAGGUAUCAGCACUCUUUGGUCUUGGGUUCUGCACGCAUAAUGCUUUGACCAUUUAUCCAAAUGAGUUAAGUAAACAAACCCAACAGGUGUUGGCUAGAGCGAAGUCUUGCGAAAAGGAUUAUAGGGCUAGGCUGGCUAAUGUGAAAGAAGUCAGAAAAGAGUUGGACGAUGUACUGCAGGUCUGCAGGGCUGAACUAGCUACUGUGGAAGAGCAUAAAAGAGAACUUGAAAAAGCCAGGCAGCCUGAACCUGUGGAAACGUGGUGUGAAUCUAAUGAAGAAUCUGCGUGGAUUUUCAUGAGCGAAAUGGAGGAGAAGAAACGAUCUGAUGGUACAGAAUAGGAACUAAACUAAUUAAAUACUUAGUAGCUGAAGGCUGUGAUGAUCUCAAUAUGACAAAAAACGCAAGUCAUAUGACGACUGUAUCUUCUUCUUGUUCUGACAUUAAACAUAUUCACAACUCCGGUCAUGGUAUCAAAUGUAUGCAGAGGGUUUUAGUAAAAUCAAAAGGAAACAAGAAUUGAAUUACA